AUGGCUGACAGCAGGCUUCUCUGGGCUGCAAGGGGUGGAGCUAUACAGAGUUUACAGGGACUGCUGACUGCCGGGGAGUGCAACAUCAAUGUCCAGGACAGGGAUGGGUCGACACCACUUCACUGGGCUGCCAUCUGUGGCCAAACACAAUGUGUCCAGCUUCUCCUCGAACACGGGGCUGAUACCAAUAUACAGGCUGAGCUUCUCCUCAAACACGGAGCCGAUACCAGUGUACAGUGUGUUCAGCUUCUCCUCCAACACGGGGCGGAUACCAGUAUACAGGAUAAGUGGAGAAAAAUACCAAGAAUGGUGGCAGAGGACGAAGAACACGCUGCCGUAGCAGAACUGUUGAGUCGUUUUGAACUACCAGAUAUACAGGGAUAUGUACAGACCAGGACUUUGGAGCACCUUGCUGAACUAUUAGAUUCUGAUGAAUACACCAUUAUUAACCAGACCAACCUGAGUACAAACUUCCCUGACGUCUUACAAUUCCAAAAAGUGCAGGGACUGAAAGGCUGGGCCAUCAAGAACAAUUGUACAAAUAUUAGAGACUUAAAGGUCGGGCUACAGGCUGCAAACUUUCCCCGACUUGCCAAUGCAGCAGGGGACUGUUAUGCUGGGGUGGUGACGGAAAUUUUAAACAUGACCCCAGAUGAAUUUGAAGAACGAUGUAGAACUUUGGUCACUGCGAGGCACAUGCACACGUCGCGUUCAACAACCACUAACCAACAAGAUGUUAGGUUGCCUUUGGAUCAAUACUGCUACGACGCGUUCAUUGCGUACAGCGGCGAGGAUGAAGAAACGAUAGAACCAGUUCUACACCAGCUAAAAGAACUGGGGGUUAAGCUUUGGUAUGCCAAAGAAGACCUCAUUCCUGGAACACAAGUGAUAACUUCCAUAAGUGAAGCGAUCAUUGCAUCCAAACAUACCGUUGCGUUCCUGUCCAAGAGUUUUGUCCAAAGUCGAUGGUGUCAACAAGAGCUGCAAUAUGCCAUGCAAGAAGCCCUCAAUGCGAAAAGAGAUGUCCUCAUUCCUGUGGUAAUGAACAUUUCACCUGAGGAAAUUCCUGCCGAGAUAAAAGGCUUGAAAUUCAUUCUUUUUGAUGACGAAGAAUUGAUCCCAAAGCUUUCACAAGCCAUUAAAGGAGCUCAAAACACACCCACGUAUGGUGAACUUCGAGACGAGAACGAAGUUUUGCGAGGUGAGGUGCGACUGCUGACAUCUGAACGUCGUCUCCAGAGCCAAUAAGCGGAUCUCGCUCUGCCGUCACUAAUUCAGCGCCAUUAAUGACUAUAUACACGAGACGCAAACUCAAGAAACAUCAUAGGAUUGUCUCAGUGUGUUGGGCCUUUUAAAUUGAUUGAUUCAUUAAGUACUCAGUAAUUUCAGAAAUCAUCUAAUGGCUCUGUUCGA